AAAAAAAAAAUAAAAAUAAAAAUAAAACAUGAAACACUAGCUACUGAUACGGGCUCUUAGUCAAACUUCUAAAACCUCACUCAAGUGGUCGCAACUACCAUGACCGGCGGUGGCGGUGACGCGCAGCCACCUAUACCUUCAAGUAACGGCGGCGAGUUUCUUCUCUCGUUACUUCAAAAAUCCCAACAGCAACAGCAACAGCAACCACAAACACAAUCUAAUGUUCAUCAAUUACCCUCUUCACCCAUUCCAAUUACUCCUCCACAGCAACCGUAUUUGCAGUUGCCUAACGAUCCGGCCGUUGCGGCUGUGGGUCCUUCUAUAAAUUUUCCUGUACAGUGGCCAUCCAACGGAUUCGAUCUUCCUCCACCAUGGUCCCACACUCUCUCCCCUCCUUUUCCCCACAAUUUCCUAGGGUUUCCUCAAAACCCUUGGCAAUCCCCUCCGGGAAAUCAGAGAAUUUUGAAUGAAGACUUUGGCAGAUUAGGGAUUUCGAACGCCAAUUUUGCAAUUCAAAACCUUGUUCAUCAGCAGCAAAACCUUCAAGAGCAACACCAAAAUAUCCUAUUUGGUUCUCUACAAGCCCAAAUCCGAUCCGAGGGUUUACCUCCCAAUUUGAAUUCUUCAGAUAACUUGAAAUAUAAUUUCCCAAACGGAUUAGAUAGGAACCGUCAAUUCGAGGUGCGAAAAAGUCCUGUUCCAAAUCCAAGUUUUAUUCAACCUUCGGAGAAUUCAGUUGGCAAACAGCAUUAUAGGUCAGCGCCGCCUCCAGGGUUUUUGAACAAGGCAAGAGAAGGAGGAGGAGGAAACAGUAGGAGGGGUCCUGACUUUAAUGCGGAUAAGGACAAGGUAAACUACAGUGUUGAAGAUGGGAAUGGGAGAGUGAGGAGAUUGCCAUCUGAACGUAGCAAUGGACUGGGGCUCACUAGACAGCUUGAUCAUCCUGGUCCACCCUCAGGAAGUAACCUUCAUUCGGUUUCGGCAUCUGAUAUUGAAGAGUCUAUGUUGGAUUUGCAUAGAGAGGAUGGAGAAAGGCAUAGGAUGCAGGAGAAGGUGAGGAGGGAGACUGGUCCUGGGUAUGGUCGAGGAGGUGAAGAUUUGGAUGAUUUUGGUGAAGAACUUGUGGAUUUUUUAUUGCCUGACGAUGAGUCUGAUUACAAAAAUGACCGUAACGACAAGAAACAACACCGUCGGGAUAAGGAACUCAGAUCAGAUAAUAGAGGAAAAAGGUUACUUAGUCAAAGGAUGAGAAGCUUAAAAUGGCAGCUUCAAUGUCGCAGUGAUAUAGGUAGAUUGAAUGCUCCUUUUCUUGCAAUUUACGAAUCUUUAAUACCACCAGAGGAAGAGAAGGCAAAGCAGAAGCAGCUGUUAACGUUAUUGGAGAAAUUAGUUUGCAAAGAAUGGCCUGAAGCUCGGUUGUAUCUUUAUGGAUCCUGUGCUAAUUCAUUUGGAGUUUCUAAGAGUGACAUUGAUGUUUGCCUUGCGAUUGAUGAUUCUGAUAUCAACAAGUCUGAGGUGUUGUUAAAGUUGGCUGAUAUCUUGGAAUCAGAUAAUCUCCAGAAUGUGCAGGCACUUACACGUGCAAGGGUUCCCAUAGUAAAGCUCAUGGAUCCAGUCACUGGAAUUUCUUGUGACAUAUGCAUAAACAAUCUCUUGGCUGUUGUAAAUACUAAGCUUCUUCAGGAUUAUGCCCAAAUAGAUGUGCGACUGCGGCAAUUGGCAUUCAUUGUUAAGCAUUGGGCAAAAAAAAGAGGAGUUAAUGAAACUUAUCAAGGAACCCUGUCAAGCUAUGCGUAUGUUUUGAUGUGCAUUCAUUUCUUACAGCAGCGUAGACCUGCUAUUCUUCCGUGUUUACAGGGAAUGGAGAAAACAUACUCUGUGAUUGUGGAUGAUAUCGAAUGUGCUUACUUUGAUCAAGUUGAAAAACUACGCGACUUUGGAUCCCGUAACAGAGAAACUAUUGCUCAGCUUGUGUGGUCGUUUUUCAGUUAUUGGGCAUAUCGUCAUGAUUAUGCAAGUUCUGUGAUAUCCGUACGCACAGGAAGCAUAAAAAGCAAACAAGAAAAAGACUGGACGAGGAGGAUUGGGAAUGAUCGUCAUUUAAUAUGCAUAGAGGAUCCCUUUGAGACAUCUCAUGACCUUGGUCGAGUGGUGGACAAGUUCAGCAUAAAAGUCCUAAGGGAGGAGUUUGAACGUGCUGCUGAUAUAAUGCAGUAUGAUCCAAAUCCUUGGGUGGCACUCUUUGAACCCUAUGUUCCUGGUCGACUUAUCUAAGGCUUGGUUGUGAUUGUUAGAUGUAUUUAUGGUUAAAGAUUUUGAUAAGCUUAUAGGCUCUGUUCACUCAUCCUUGUGUUCCUCGUUUUCAUCCUGCUGUUUAUAUAGCAUUUAUGUAUUUAGUGGUUCAGGCUUUUAUAUUUAUGCGUUCAGCAGUGUAAACUGUAAAAAACUUUUGAUUGAUGCACCUCUUUUGAGCAAUUUUAAUUCGCAAUUGUAUGCUAAUUUCAAUUAUUUAUUUUAUUUCGGGGGUUAA